AUGACUGGUGCCGAGCUCGAGUUCACUCUUCUCUCCAUCUCUGAGCGCUACAAGCCCUAUAAAGAGAUCACCGAGUACCAGUGUGCACGGGGAUACUCGGAGCUCGAACUACGCGGUGGAACCAAAGACUGCUUUGCCAAGCUGCGCGCUACCGGCUUCACCGUCUCUUGUCUGACGACUAGAGACACCAAGCGCCUGUGA